GCUGCCGCAGCCCUGUCCGGAUCUGGCGCCGAGGGGCCUGGGAUCCUAGCCCUGCUCUGCCAACGCAUCCCCACAGGCUUGGCUCCCCCGGAGGCUGCUAAGGUACCAAGUGGCUUUGCACGCAGGGAGGUGGCAUGGAGUCCCUCUUCCCAGCCCCAUUCUGGGAGGUCCUCUACGGCAGCCACCUGCAGGGCAACCUGUCCCUCCUGAGCCCCAACCACAGUCUGCUGCCUCCCAACCUGCUGCUCAAUGCCAGCCAUGGCGCUUUCCUGCCCCUUGGGCUCAAGGUCACCAUCGUGGGGCUUUACCUGGCUGUCUGCAUUGGGGGACUGCUGGGGAACUGCCUCGUCAUGUAUGUCAUCCUCAGACACACCAAGAUGAAGACAGCCACCAACAUCUACAUCUUUAACCUGGCCCUGGCGGACACUUUGGUGCUGCUGACACUGCCCUUCCAGGGCACAGAUGUCCUCCUGGGCUUCUGGCCAUUUGGAAAUGCCCUGUGCAAGACAGUCAUUGCCAUCGACUACUACAACAUGUUUACCAGCACCUUCACACUGACCGCCAUGAGCGUGGACCGCUACGUAGCCAUCUGCCACCCCAUCCGCGCUCUUGACGUCCGGACGUCCAGCAAGGCCCAGGCUGUCAACGUGGCCAUCUGGGCUUUGGCGUCUGUUGUCGGUGUUCCUGUUGCCAUCAUGGGCUCGGCACAGGUCGAGGACGAAGAGAUUGAGUGUCUGGUGGAGAUCCCCACCCCACAGCACUACUGGGGCCCCGUGUUUGCCAUUUGCAUCUUCCUCUUCUCCUUCAUCAUUCCCGUGCUCAUCAUCUCCAUCUGCUACAGCCUCAUGAUCCGGCGGCUGCGUGGCGUGCGCCUGCUGUCCGGUUCCCGGGAGAAGGACCGGAACCUGAGGCGCAUCACGCGGCUGGUGCUGGUGGUGGUGGCGGUGUUCGUGGGCUGCUGGACGCCUGUCCAGGUCUUCGUGUUGGUCCAAGGGCUGGGUGUCCAGCCGGGCAGUGAGACCGCGGUGGCUAUUCUGCGCUUCUGCACAGCCCUUGGCUACGUCAACAGCUGCCUUAACCCCAUCCUCUAUGCUUUCUUGGACGAGAAUUUCAAGGCCUGCUUCCGAAAGUUCUGCUGUGCUCCUGCCCUGCGCCGGGAGAUGCAGGUGUCUGACCGUGUGCGCAGCAUUGCCAAGGAUGUCGCCCUUGCCUGCAAGACCUCGGAGACAGUACCUCGGCCUGCAUGACUAGGCGUGGACCUGCCCAUGGUGCCUGUCAGCCCACAGAGCCCGUCAACGCCCAAUACGGAGCUCACCCAGGUCACUGCUCUCUAGGCUGACACCAACCUGAGCCCUGAGCAUUGCCAGACUCACAGGCUUCACUGCGGCUUCAGAGGGCACAGUGGCAUCAUGGGACAGGUCAGACUAAAGCUGCCUUCCUGGUGCAGGGUGGAGAGGGGACACAGGGACCCACCAGUGAGCGCGUGUGACCAGAGCCCACGCCAAUUUUCCUGUGCUUCGUGGGACUCUUCUGGCCUCUCCCCUGCUGUGCCCUGUGCGCUCUUGGUACGCACACACCUGGAGGCGAAAGAGCAGCAUGCGCAUCCUUUGCCCCCUGUGCUGCGUGCUGUCUGUGUGGAGCCCUGCAGCAUCUCCCUGGGGCAGCAGGACGGGCCUGGACCCGCCCCGAGGGCUGGCAGCCAUCUGUGGGCAGUGGGGCUUGGAGCUGCUGAUAUGAACUUGCCUGUGCCUCAUCUGCACCCCUUCUCAUCCCCCACCCUGCCUCUGAGAGGCUUCUCAGAGAGGCUUUUCCCUCCAGAAGUGCAAAGAACUAUGAGCCUCAGAUGUGGCUGUCCGGGUGUGCAGAGGUGGCUCGGAAGGUUGGUGGGCUGCUUGAUCACCUCAGGCCACUCUGUCUUUUUAAAAAU